AUGCCGUUUCCGCUGUACCUGUGCAAGAGCCGCUUAGCGCGCCGGGGGAGAGGACGAAGAUGUGCCUCCUUAGUUCAGCCGAGAAAGGCGGACGCACCCCUCAUGACGUGUGGGGAAAUACUCCGCCCACAACCCCUUUACCGAGCAACGGAAUUACCCGCGCCUAUUUCGGGGAAUUUCGUCUUUUUCUCAAGUAUCUGCCGACGAAGCAGCCGGGCAAAGCUGAAUCGCCGAAGGAAGCAGGUAAUCGGGGAGGCGCACGAGUUUGAAACGCGGUGCCCUUCUCGGAUUCUGCUGAAUUUCGGCCGCGAGGCGGCGGGGUGGGACGGGGCGGGGUGGGGCGGGGCGGGCGGGGCGGGGCGGGGCGGGGCGGGGCGGGGCAGGGGCGGGGCGGGGGGGGCGGGGGGGGGGGGUGGGGGUGGGGGGCGGAGCGAACGCGAAGGCGCGAUGAAGCCCACCGCCUCCCUGCUGCUUCUGCUGGCGGCGGCGGCGGCUGCGACUGCCGCCCAUCAUGACGCACUUGGCGCGUUGCGGCGCAGGGGGCCCUGGCCCGUGGCUGCCGUCGGAGGGCGCUGCGCUCGCGGGGGGCUGCUCUCCGCCGCCCAAGGCCGCAGAUGUAGUAGCUCUUGUUUGACGCUACGCGCGCCUGUCCUCGUGGCGCACCGCCACUGGGCCUUCGCGUUGGCCCACGCAUCUCGCGCCGCCCACCUUGAUUUGGUUCACUAA